GUGGUGUCUGAUGAGAUCUGAAAUUGAGCAGGGAAAGCUGGGCACGGAUCACACAGCCUUGCAGAUUUUCAAGACCCUCUUGAAGGUUCCCACCCUAUGGGAAGGCACGGCAUCCACCAAUGAUUCUUUGAUUCAGCAGGCAUUCCGCCAGAAUGUCAAAGGCAGUAUGAUCAAACCUCUGAGCUGCAUUCAAUGGUGUGACUUGGUGCUUGUCGCUGCAUACCCUGAUGGGGAUGUCCAGCAGCUGCUGAGUUUUGAGAACCGUUUGGCCAGAAAGGAGGUUGGCAAGCGGUUGGUAAAAACUUUCGAGAGCUUGCUGUGUGGCUUCGACAGCAAGGUGAAUGCUGAGGGCAUUGUAGUUGGACAGAAACAG